UCCUUUUACUCUUGCAGUCAGCCGCCAGGUCGGUCAUUACCCCGAUUGUGAUCCCUACCCCAACAACUAUUACCGAGUCGUGCAACGGUCAUUAAAAAUUAAGAGGGAAACAUUUGAUGUUGUGUAGUGGUGUUUGAGCACCUGGCAACCUUUCUGCAUGAUAGGAGAGGUUUAUUAGGCUAUCUAGAGUGUUCUGUAGCAUAUAAGGUGUCUUCUAGUUGUAGGAAAUGCUACUCAAGACGGGGCGAAAAGGUGCCGAGUGAAGAAUUAACCAACAGUUCGUUAUGUCCUGUAAAUGUAGAUGGUGCAUGUGACUGUCUCUGAGGGGUAAGUAUGCUACGAGUGCGAGAGAGAGGUGUGGGUUACUGUAUUAGACCAAAGAUGAAAAGAUUGAUUAACAGAGGUUAAAUUGAAGGGUGUACAGGAAGGUGGAGCUUAACCAAUUCUUUGCUUUAUGUGAUGCUUUUAAUAGUUUUUAUUUAUUUAGUAUUAAGCAUGAUCACGUGCAUCGAAAGAUACUCUUCUCAUACACACAGAUAAGUACCCUUUCUUCUAACAUACCUUGUUGCUUUGGUGGUACUCUCAAACACUCUGUACCUUAUUUAGUAUGCAUCUUCUACAAUGAAAGGUGCACCUUUAAAACAUUACUCUAAAGCUAAUUGUGGUCCAUGUGCACGCCUUUUAAAUCUUAAAAGAUAAAUAUGUAUGUUUUCAGCUGAAAGAUGGAUAUUAAAGGUACAAAAGAAAAUAAGGGCUCUGCCCUAGCAACAUGGUUGAGUACCCGUUCUCAUGAGCGGUGUAGUAAGAAGUAUGGACUGAACCUCAAAUUAUAUUUACAUAAACGUCGGCUGUAUAGUGUUUACAGCCUGGGAAAUCCUAAAUCCAAUUUGACACCAGGUUAAGUGUGUCUUGUGGUUCUCUGUUUAAAUUUAAAUGAAACGGUAUACUCCCUUUGACACCACUGAGAAUUCAGGACGAGGAAAAAUUCUGAAUAAUUCAUAGACGCGCCAGUGCACGAUAGUAGUUUCUGUCAGCAGGUGGAGUUAAAAUUGACUUCAGAAGUUCAUAGUAACCAUAGAAAUGUUUUGUAUCAAGUUGCUGAUCCUUUGUUUUACAGUGUUGUCAUUCAGAAGAGCGUUAAUCGUCAACCAUGUAUGGACGAGGAGAACUUCCCGGACCUCCAGGCACCGUACCCAUGAACCCGGGAUUUGUUCCCCAUCAGGUACCUGUGAUGAUGGCCUGUCCACCAGGAUAUGUGCAACAUCAGAUUCCCACGAUAAUGCCCGUCCCUCAGAGACCACCUGGCUGCCCGCCUGGACUGGAGUACUUAACCCAGGUUGACCAGCUCCUUGUGCAUCAGAAGGUGGAACUGAUCGAAGCUAUUUUGGGCUGGGAGACCAACAACCAGUACGUUGUGAAAAAUAGCGUGGGACAGCAAGUGUUGCUUGCGGUCGAAGAGAGUGACGUUUGUACGCGGAUAGUCUGCUGUUCCAGGCGCUCGUUCAUCAUCCAUGUCCGGGACAACAUGGGGCAGGAAGUGCUCACGCUCACGCGGCCUUUAAAGUGCAGCAGCUGCUGGUUUCCAUGCUGCCUGCAGGAACUCGAGGUCCAGGUCCCUCCUGGCACUGCCAUUGGAUAUGUGAUGCAGGACUGGCACCCGUACCUCCCCAAGUUCACCAUCAGGGAUGAGAGAAAGAGAGCGGUGCUGCGGAUCGUCGGACCUUUCUGUGACUGUAACUGCUGCUCAGACGUUGUUUUUAAGGUGACGUCCCUGGACGAGGCUUUGGUAAUUGGUAGGAUAAGCAAACAGUGGGCAGGCUUGGACACUGAAAUGUUUACGGACGCAGAUCAUUUCGGUGUGCAGUUUCCCAUGGAUCUGGACGUUAAAAUCAAGGCUGUUGUGUUGGCCGCUUGUUUCCUCAUUGAUUUCAUGUUUUUCGAGCAUUCACCAAAUCAAGACUAACAUUCAUAUUAAUAAAGGAAAUGUCACAGAGUAUUGUUUAUUUAAUCAUAUACAUGUAUGUAUAUUAUGUAUGUAUAUGACUUUGACACUUUAUUGAAUUAUUAGUUUAUUAAAUUAUCCACACUCCCAUUGCUACAAAAUAGUACACAGGCAAAUUUCUAUUUCAGUUCUUUUUUUUUUUUUUUUGGUAACAGUCGUUGUCACAAGGCAACGUUAUAGAAAUCUGACCCUCGGCCCUGAACUCAAGGGAAGCCGAAAGUGCCAGUGAGAACCCGUGUCUCUUUGGGUAGUGAGUACAGAAACAUGCCACGAUAUGUAGAAAACUAGAAAGCUUAAAAUGACACCCGCAUACAUCAUUUCAUAUGUUUUGUGAUCUGGUAAGUAUAAAUGGGGGCAUAGUGUAAGGUUUCAGCAACUUUUUUCACACUCAUCAAACCAUUCUGUCAAUUCCGGGAAGAGACCACGCCCAUCGGGAACAAUAACUUAUUCAGCCAUUAUAAAGUGUGGUGUUGCUUUGCAAACAUAUAUCUACUAAAACCAUCCAUGAAGCACCACUGAGCAGAUAUUUGGGUGGUGGAUCAUUUCAUGUUAUUCUCUCUCUGUGUGUGUGUGCCUGUGUGAGUGAACCAUUUGUUUAAUGGACGUCCUCUAUGACUUCAUAUCCACUGAUUGCAUUAUAUGUCCAUUUGGCUUUAACUGGAUUUGAAUGAUGUUAUCUUGUUCCUGCUUGGUGCUCCAUGUUCUCUGCAGUGAACCGUACCUGACAUUUCCUAUUGAAGGAGUGAAUUCGGCUGUGUGUUUAGAAAUUGCACUUUAUACAACUGUGUGUGGUUUAUAGAGGUCAAUAUAAUGUGUGUAUGUGUGCGAGUGCGUGCGUGCGCGCGUGUGUGUGUGGGUGGUGUAACAAAAUAUUCCAAGUGAGCUCCGCCUAGGUUCCUAGGUGAACAUCACUUAUCAUUAUCAAUAGUAUAAACGGUAGCUAGCUAAGUAACUUAUCCAGAUGCUGUUGGGCUAGGGUUAAGUAAUUUGAUAUGUUCCCUAGCUAGCGGGCUAACUCAUGUUAAUUCGUACAUGUUUCUUCUCAUUUCUUGUAUGUAGGGGAGCCAAUAGGGCAUUUGCAUCUGGUUUUCUCCAAUGGAAAGGCAGCUUUAUGUUUGCUUGCACUCAGGGGCACCCUAUAGGGCCCUGCUUCAUGUUUUCUUGGAGCCUAUAGGGCACCACACCACGUAUUUUCCGCUGCAAUGAUACCCAUUCGGGCACGUCAUUGUGUUUCUUUACAUGUAGACGCACCUAUAGGGCACUGUGGCUGGUUUCCCCCCAUUGGAAGUACACCCUCAUCGUGUUUUCUCGCACAUAGCAGCACCCUAUAGGGCAGUGCAUCAUGUAUUCUCUGUAUUCAUCAUGUAUUUUUUUUUUCUGCAAGGGCACCCUUGAUGGCACUUCUAUCUAUCCAUCCAUCCAUCCAUCCAUCCAAUGUUUUUCUAUUUGAAGGGCACUGUGGCUGGUUUUCCCCCAUUGGAAGGGCACCCUCCUCAUGUUUUCUCACACAUAGCGGCACCCUAUAGGGCACUGCAUCAUGUAUUCUUCACUGGAUGGACAGCCUGGAGAGCACAUUAUCAUGUUUUUCCUUGCAAAUAGCGUAACCCAGAGGGCACAUCAUGUGUCCUUCAUUAGAAGAGUACCCAUUAGGGCACUUCAUAAUUUUUUUUCCUCACACACAGUGGAAGCUUAUAGUGCAGUGCUUCAUGUAUCAUAUUCUCUCUGUAAGGACAAAGAUCACACAUCCAUCCAUCUUUUUUCAUUUGAAUGGUAGUCAUUAGGGUGCUUCAUCAUGUUUUCUCCAUUGUCAGGACACACUAGAGGGCACUUUAUCACUUUAUACCUUCCAUAUUGGUACCCAAGAGGGCACUUGCGCUGUGUUUAUUGUGAACUGAGCCAUAAGUCCACCCUCCAGCUGCCAGGUAUUUUACACAAUAGUAAAAUAUACUACUGCAGUGAACCAUAUAGUCAAACACUCUAACAAAAGUAUCUAUGGCUCGUUACCUUCAACCCUUACACACUAAAGUUUGUAAAAGAAAUUUAUUUGUAACCUUGUUUUGGUUAACAAAUUACAGGCUAUAAAUAAUAGAUUUAUAAUUGUGACCAAUUCAGCAUUAUUUUAUUCUAGAUCGAUGAACUUGGAACGUGGCAGAAAUUCGAAUCGACUCGUCACAUGCUCAAGUUAUUAAACAUUAUAACCAAUAUGGGAAGGUUAAAGUCCUGGGCUCUGCACUUACUUUUGUAGCUAUACACUUUUACUCUUUAGUUUUAUUGUAGUCAAUGUUUAAUUCAUAGUAGAGUGAAAAACUGAGUAAUAAUAUCAUACUUAUGUAAACACACACACACCCACAAACACCAUUUCUCCUAGGAUUUCCCUCUCUGUUGCUGGAGCUACCUCCAUUGUCAGGUGUCAUAUGAUCUUAAAGAGCUUAAACAAACACACACGUACACAAAACUCAGCACCCAGCAGGUGUUUCUGAAAAGGGAAAAGUAAAGGAAUGACGUCAGACAGAUAUGUACAGUGUUUUUGUAGAAAUGUAUAGUCUAUAGUUAUAGCCUAUAGCCUAGAGUUACCAUCUCCACCCCUUUCUUGUGGGAGCUACCCUCCAGUUCCUGGUGCAAAGCGAGUGUUUAGGUAAGCCUCUCUCACAGCUUUCCGGAUCGCUAUAACAGCAGAAGAGAGAGAGGGGCAACGUCAUGAGCGUAUGGUGGAAACCUAACAGGCGUGGUGUUACUCGUCCUCAUUCUACUCUGCUCUCCAAACCGAAUCUACUGAGUAAAAG